AUGGCCUGUUCAUCUAAUCAAAUGAACAGCAGGUAAUCUUCUCUCUUUCAUUCACUGAAAAAAUGGCAUUUUAAACCUUAAAUAUUAAAUGACUUAGCAGUCAAAGUACUGAAAAUUGCCCAAUUUCUGAAGAAAGAAAUGGGGAUAUUUUGUUUCUUCACCUGAUGCAUAUUAAGGAACAAAAAUAUCAUAAUGUCACUAGGAUGUGUUUAGGUGAAAUAUAUGCCUCUUUUGCCGCUGCUAAAUCCAAAUUAUACCUUUUCAAUUAGAUUGGGGGGGGGGAGGUCUCAAAUAGGAUGUCCAUUAUUCUGAAAGUGGCCAUAGCAUCUAUAAAAAUAACAGGUGAAUUUUAUGAAGCCCCUAUUUAAAACAUCUAUAGAUUUUUGUGGGAGAGAUAGUAAUAGGAUGCUAUGAAACCUUAAUUAAAAUUGCUAGUUCCCAAAUCCUGGUGAUGUCACAAGGCAGAGUGAUGUCACAAGGCAGGAGCCUUGUGAUGUCACAUGGUUGCUAGCUGCAGAAGGACAAACUAUAGGUAGUGGGGCAAAGCCCAGUGGUAUGAAGGUCCAGAAAAAUGGGGGAGGGUAGAAUCUGAGGGGAAAUGAAAUUUUGAAUAUAAAUUGAAAGAUCAUAUUUUCCUUUCCAUAAAGAUGAGUGAAAUAUUUUUAAACGUAUCCUACAAUUACCGUAUUUUUCCAUGUAUAAGAUUAGGUUUUUUUCCUUAAAGAUGAUGUCCAAAAUUAGGGGCCGUCUUAUACAUGAGGGCCAUCUCCCCUCAUUUUCUUAAAUCAGAGUCCCCCAAAAUAGGGGGCGUCUUAUACAUGGGGGCGUCUAGAAAACUCUUAGAUCCAUGAUUCCAGUGCAUCAUGGAUUUAUGCUGCAUUUGUCUGAAUUAUUAAAACACACCCAGCAAUAUUUCACAGAUGACGAUAGUGACAUACUUACAUCACCUCAAGUUCCAUACCAAGGAUCACUGCCUGAGUUUCUCUGCAUACUCCGAAGGCACACCAUUAUGCAUUGUUGAAGACUGUACUCCAUCUCCUAUAUUUGUUUUCUCUGCGAUAUCACCAGUUAACUUGCCAUUUGGGCAUUAUGAUUGUAACAAAUCUAACCGCAAAAACAGAGAGAGAACAUCCUGACUAAUUUUGUCCAGCUCCUCCUCACACAGACAAAUCCUCAAAUGUUACUAUCUUAUUUUUAGGCAUAUUUUGUUCUGCAUUCAUUUAAAUCACGCAAACAAAAUAAAUCCGAUUAGGAAUCUUCAUUCUCCCACCCCGCUUCUUCUUCUCUAAAUGUUACAAAGUUGCCUGACAUACUAGUGCAAUUUUCAGCAAAAUUAGCUAUUUUCUUCCUACUGUGAAAAGGCAGAAUAAUUUCAGAAUACACAAACUGCACAGACAGGUAAUAGGCCCAGGCCAGAUGGGAAAUGUAGGCCCCAUUUCAACCAUCUUUACCAAAGGGUCCCCCUUUGCACCUACCAGAGGGGCUUGGGGUGGGCCUCAAAAUCGUAGGCCCUAGCCAAUUGCUUUGCCUGGCCCCACCUCUGUUCUGGCCUGUAAACAGGCACGGUGUGCAAGGGAUUCAUGUCAAAAUUAUACAUAACAGGCAGAUAGCAAAUAAUACAGGGCUGCUUUGUGCAGCGGGAAAGCAAUUUUCUCCUCACGCAUGAUUUGUCUGCCUUAAUCAUCGUCAUCACUGCCAAGGAGAUGGCAUUUCCUGCCUCCUUGUUGAAGUAGAUUAGCAGUUAUUUUUAACACACAUGAAAAAUGACUAGAGACCUGCCAAAUUUGGGCUGCUUAGUUCAAUGCAGUAUAUAUAAAAUCCAGUGCUUCUGUUUUACUGCCUCUAUCGGGGGCCACAUGUCAGCAUUGGGAGUGGAGCCAGAGCUACCCCACGCCCCCUCUUAAAAAUCUAAUCAACUAUUCAAAAAUCAUGUUGCACUUUGAAAUUAACUAUACUGUCACCAUAUAUUUCAGCCAGCCUAGUUGGAGACAGAUGUCAUUGCCUUAAUAAUUUAACGGAGUUGUCUGUUAAACACAUAAAAGCAGUGUACAAUUUGAAAUAAUUGUUUGGGAGGAACCUAAGAAAGAUGCUACCUAAAAUAUAUUAUGACAUGCAACGCAAUGAGGAAAAUAGAAGUCCAUAUCAUAUAAUUAAAAUAAGAAAGGGCAAUUGGGAGUAUUUAUUUAUUAAUUAAAUUUUUGUACCACUCUUCAUCUGAGGAUCAUAGAGCGAUUUACAAUAUAAAAACACAAAAAUAUGUAACAUAGUAAUAGACAAAACAGCAUCCUCUACAAUUUAAAAGACCAUAGAUGGUUUAAUUAGCCAAAAGCCUGGGGAAAGAGGAAUGUUUUUGCCUGGCACCUAAAGAUAUGUAAUGAAAGCGCCAGGCUCGCUUCCCUGGUGAGAGUGUUCAACAAACUGGGAUAUGUUUGGUCAAACAAAUAAAGUUACAAUGCUUCUGGAGCAGCCUUGAUACUCUAUGGCUAGGGUCACCUGGGAUAAGUAGCAAAUUUCCUCCUCAACCCAAAGGUCUCCUUAAGUGCCCCCCUUUCAUUUCCCUUUUUGUAUAGGUUGUCAUUCACUCCUAUGAGGAAAAUAGUGCUGUACUUGGGGCUGCUGUAGAGUGCGGACAUUUAGGGGCCAAAUUUAUCACUGCAUUCUCAUUUCGUGCUGUUUACUUCUUCAGGCUCCUUGGAAGUAUGUCCUGUACACAUUUUAAAAAGAUGGUUUUGAAGUUUGAGAGAAGAAUUUCGAUCUCCAUCUAUAACAAAAUUUCAGUCCACAUACUAGGUAGGCGAUCUACUUCUUCCUCUAUACAUCUUUUUGCUAUCAAUCUGUAGUUCAUUUUAUUCGCUUGUGUUUGCAAGAGAGAAAUGCUUUUAGUUGGUCCAUAAACAAAGGGUUACCUACAACUUCUACUACAAUUGCCACUCAGUAUUUUCAUGUGACUAAAGAAACAAGGGAAUAGGCUCUUGGCAAGCAAGAGAAGUAAUGGCUGUGACGUUAGCAUAUGAGAGUGCUGGAGGUGAAAUCGUUAAACAGGUUACCCAAUCAGAACCCAGGGGGGUGGAGUCAGAGGGACUAUAAAACCAGCUCUGGGAGGGGUUGAGUUUGUUGGGAGUUGGUUGGAGUGGGGGUGAAGUGGGAUAGAGUUUGUGGGGAGGUUGAGUUAGUGUAAUGAAAUAAGCUGAGUCAGGAAUAGUAGGGGCUAGGAAGACAAGUAAAUAUCUGAGAGGUGGUUUAGUGAGUGAGAGCAGGUAGCGGAAGUUAUAGGUCUGGAUAGGCACCCCAUGAAUGUAAUUGACCGAUACCAUUGAUGAAACCACACGCUUGUUAAACUGCAAUAAAUAAACAAAAGUUUAUGUUCCAAUUUAACCCUGACUGGGCUCAGUAUUGUACCAGGUAGGGCCUGGGUGGUGGCAGCGGGAAAGAAAGUGGUGGCACAGGGAUCAAUAGACGGUGAAAUGUUCGGGGACCCUGUGUGAUUGCCACAAUGGCAUCUUGCAGUUUCAACACUUCUGCCCAAGCAUCACCACUAGCCUUGGUCCAGGUGGAUAUAACAUUAUCAAACCAACUUUUCUCCUCACUCUUCUUCUUCCACUCCUUUGCUUUGUAUACGCUGUCUUCUUAUAUGUAAGCUUGAGGGCAGCCUCGUCUUCACGUUUGGCAAGGAUGGGGAAUGUGUGGCCAGAUGUUGUUGGACUACAAAUCGCAUCAUACAUAACUAUUGGCAAUGCUGGUUGGGAAAGGAUUUCGGGAAAAUGCUUGCUACCAGCACUAGAACGAAUUCUUAUUUUCAUCUGUUAUUACUGACUUAUAAAUUCAGCCAUGUUGAUUGUUAAUCAUUCAUUAUUAGCUUAAAAUUUAAGUCAGUGAUAGGGAACCUGUAGUCCUUCAUAUGCUUCUGGACUACAACUCCCAUACCCCUGCUGGCUGAGGCUGAUGGGAGUUGGAGCCCAACAACUGGAAUGCUGCAGUUUCCCCACCCUUGGUUUAGACCAAAGCAUCUCUAGCUUUAUGUUAUGAGUGCACAUUCCACAGUAGAAAGGUCUCGCAGUAGAAAGGUCAAAAGGUUCUGUUAUGCUAUAACAGCUUUUAUCUAUUUGUCUGAAGUAUACUCAGAAUCCAUUAAUUCUCAGAAUCCAGCAGCUCCAUGUUGAAAUAAACUCUAAAGUGCACUGUUCAAUAUGGCUAAAAGGUGAGUAAGUUAAAAAAUUAAGAUCAUGCGGCUUGCCCACACAGAGGGCUACUGUUCGUUGAAUGCUAGUUUCAAUAGGUCAAUUUAUCAACAAUUUCUAUUGAAGAAGGCACAGGGCAGGUCUGCAAUUUUUCAUUCAGCUUGGAUAUUCAAUUAUGGUCCUCAAAGUAAUGGGUAUCUCAGUUCAGAACCAUGGGUAUUAUCUAGAUAAAUGCAAUGCCGGUACUUUUUCUGAACUGACAAUAUUAAGUUCAAAAUACAUGUACCAUCACCAAACAAGAUGGACAAAAACAGUACUUACCACCAGAAUCCUUCUGUCCCAUCAUAUAUGGGAAUAAAAUAAAUGAAAGCAUUUAUUGCUUACAAAUGAAUACUUUAUUUUAAAAAAAUAUUAUUCUAGUUCUUAAGUCCAGUUAGCCUUGAAAAAAACAAAAACAAAACUAGAGAAAUCAUGGUUGAGCCAACAUGAUGUAAGAGUCAAACACAAAAAAGUAUGUACUGUAGAGCUGAUACAAAACUCUUCAUAUACUUUUCUUUUCCUCUGCCCCCCACCCAAGGACAAGAAGACCACUUUGUUCUUCAAAUAUUCCCCAUCAUCUCUUAUGGUGGCUACCAUUUCACACACACAUCCAUGCCCUGGAAUGCUGCUAGGUGCAAGGCAUUGUGGAGGAUACUGUUGUGAGUUUAGGGUGGAGGGGGUUAGGCUGUAUGCCUGAGUCCCUUCUAAUUCCUGAAUCCAACGAGGAUCCAAUUGCUGGGAUAGCCAGACAAGCUUCUUGAUAAUGGCCCCCAAAGUAUGGGUUGUUAAGGUAACAAAGGAAGUAGUGAGUUAGAAAGACAAAGGCCAGAGUUGAGUGUUAAGGUGCGAGAGCUAGAAGUGAGAAGGCUGCAGACUGAGCUGAACCCUGGAUGCCUGGAAUCCCUGAAGUCUCACACUUCUCAAAGACUGGGGUGGCAUGCAGUAAUACAAAUAGUAGCCAUGCCUACCCCUCUUGCUGCUGCCACUUGCAGGGGCAUUUUUAAAAAUAGCAACCUUAAGGAAAAAAGAAAGCAGGUUUGCCAUGACUGCUGGUAAUGGUCAAUUCCAACCAUGGGAACAUGAAAUGCCUCUUCACUGGAUAUUGGAUACAAUCAAUAUCUUUAAAUAAACUCUUUCAGGUGUAAAAGUAAAGCAACCUACUUAAUUAUGUUUCAAGCACUCUCCACCACUCUUUUCAUUAGAGGAAAGAAAGGUCCCGUUUCUUUUUUGAAGUCUCAAGGUCUCCUACCAAUUUGUCUCUGAGAACUCCAUUCCUUUCAGCUGCAACAGAAUCACAUUGCGUUCCUGCUUGCCCCCGCCUACCUUAUAGCCAGAUACAACUCAGGCUUAAAUUGGUAUUGGCGUGAGGGAGUCAAGUACCGUAUGUUCCUCAAGUGUCCACAGCAAACCAAUGUUCUCUCAAGGAUAUGAAAUGAAAUAAGGGCAACUUCAAUUCCAAAAGCACAGGUGGGCUGCUUAUUGUCAUGAAGGGCUGAAGCCAGCUUUACAUGAGGAUUCAAAAAAACAUGAAAAUGAACUCGUUGCUGAAUCAUUGGCUGCUUGCUUCCUGGUAAUACCUUUCUGAUGAUUGCUGAUCUAAGUGGAGGAGGGAUGUGGAACCUGUCAUGGGCAUAGCCAAGGGGGGCAGAGGGGCAGCUGCCCCCCCAUCAAUACAAAUCAAUAAAAAUCUGAGGUCCUUAUCCCCCUAACAAAAGCCUGCCCCGCUAACCAAACUCCUGCUGGACAACAAUAUAAAUUGAAACAUCCGUAUUUCCUGAGCUGGCAAGGAUGGUGAAUGUUGAGCGUCUUAAGUCCAAAGCAAAGGACAUAAAAUCCCACGAGAUAACAUAAAAGCCUUCUGGAUCCUCCAUCAAGAUGCUGCUCCCAUAAUUCCUCACCAUUGGCCAUACUAUCUAGGGCAGAUGGAAGUUGGAAUCCAGAAACAGCUGACGAGCCACAGGUUCCCCAUCCCUGCAUUAAUAUGAUCAAUCUUAUUUACAAUCUAGUCAGAGGUCAUCUAUACCUUCUAAUGGGGAACCACUUGUGCAAACAGGUUUAAUGUGUACUUCCAUUUUCUAAUUAUCUAAUACAAUAUCUGGCCUGUACAUGUGAAACUCUUUUAGAAAGGGUAUAUAUCCUCUCAAUCAGUUACUCAGGUGAGGGAGUGAAGGGCUGGAUUCAGACCCCUUUACUUCUUCUCCUCCAAAUACAUGAUUGCUGGAGUUUCAUUUUUUUUAAAGGCCUAUCAUGAGCAACAAAAUGGUUCAUUGCAUGAUUCUUUGGAUCAGCAGCAUAGAAACAAAGAUAAAUUUCUGAUACAGUAAUGUCUCAGUAGUAAUCCAUCAAAUAUGGGACAUAUGUGUGUGGAAAUCCUCCAUAGGAAUUGUGCAUUACUCAGCUGUUAGUGCAGGGUGUCUGCCAGAUGAUAUUUCUACUAGUAUGUUGCUAACUGCAAUAAAGAGACAUUUAUAUAUGAGCAGGAUUUUACUGACACAUCUUUUGAAAGAGAAUCUCACAGUGGGGUUCCUAAUAAGCUUAUGUUACCAUACUUAUUGAUGACAUUUUUAGUUGUUCAUUUUCCCUUAUGAUAAAAAAAGCAUAUGCUGUAACAGCCUAUCUGCUUGACUACUUGUCAAGGAGACUAAAAAUCUGUUAAAUGGGGGAAACACAAUUAGGACAUUAACAGAAAUGCAUUUCUCUCUCUGUGUGUUUAUCAUACAUAUGAUAGGAAGCUGCCAAAUACAGCCAGACCAUGCAUCCAUCUAGCUCAGUAUUGCCUCCCCUGGCAGGCAGCAGUUCUCUCCCAGCCUUCCCUGGAAAUGUCAGGAAUUGAACAUGGGACCUUCUGCAAGCAAAACAGAUGCUCUACCACUGAGAUAUGGACCUCCCCCCAUAUUGCUAAUAGCUUUGUAAACUGCAGUAGCUUUGUAUCUUGUUUCAUUAUUAUUCCUUACAUUUCCAGCAUUGAAUGCUGAAUGCUGUUGCUUAUUGAAACCAAAAUGGCAGCAUCCAUAUACAAGAGGGCUGUAUCAGCAGUCUUGGGGGAAUCCUGUUUGCAGAACCACAACAAAUAUUCAGGGAAAUUCCCCCUCCCAACCUAUUUCAAUGAAACUGAGCUUGCACAAUAGGCACAGGACGCUGUCUGUUGGGAGGUGCAAAAAGAAAAAAAGGAGGGGGGAAUGGAAUAUCUUGGAGGAAGGUAUGGGUGGGUGGGUGGCACACUAGACAAGAGCACUCAACACUGCAACAUUUUGUUGCAGGUUCUAUUUGCACAUCUUAUAUCACAUUGGUAUAUUUAAUAAGAAUUGUUAUAAAUACACUAUAUUCAACAUAUUGCAAUUCUUCUGCCCCCACCCCCAUGGGGCUCCUCAGUAUCAUAACUAGUGCAAACUGGUUCAGUGCAUAAGUACCGAGUUUCUGGUACAGAUGUCACCUCCGUCACAAAUGUACUUGGUAGCCUUAGGCAGGCCAUUAUCACUGAGCUUCAGCCCUGCAUCUGUGAUGCGAAUGUUCAUAAUAACGCAGUUUUAAAAAAGAAAAGAUUACUGCAAUAGUAGCUGUGAAGUGCUCCGAGCACUUAGGAAAAUGUGCUGUAUAAAUUCCAAAUGAGAUUAUUUCUGCAUUAAAUAAAGGGAUACAAACAAGAUUUCCCAUUAAAAUUCUACCUGGGAGUAAUGGGGCUUACUUCUGAGUUGACACAUAAGAGGGUUACACUAUUACUUAAACUGCACGACCAAAUGCUUAUCUUUUUGAAGACAGCAUGGAAAAAAGUUAUGAGACUUCAGAAGCAAGCCAUCCACCAUCUACACAAGGAUUAAGAAAACGUGUUGUAGACAUUGCAUCUAUUACAGCACUUGUCUUCAACUGGUGGGUCAGGACUCGCUAGAGGGUGGUAGCUCAAUUCAAGCUUGGUUGCAAGAGAAGCACUAACACCAUGCAAAUAUGUGGUAAAAGAUUAAGGAAUGGGUUCCAAAAUGCAUGUUUGGGUUAAAAGUGGGUCCUGGGCCUAAAAUGGGGGUCAGCAAACUUAACAUGCCUUGGGCCGGUGUCUCCAGCGCCGAUUGCGCAGUGGGCCAGAGGGCAGGGGAGUGCAUGCCCAUACGCAUGCGCACACGCUAUUUCCAGUGCACUUCCGGGUUGGAGGAGCACCGGAAAUAGCAUGUGCACGGGCCUCCUCCGACCUGGAUGUGCACCGGAAAUAACGCUUGCACAUGCGCACAAGCUAUUUCUGGUGCUCCUCCAACCCAGAAGUGUGCAGCCGCGCAGCGCCGGUAAGAGCAGGCGGCGGCAGCGGGCCACAGGGGUUGCCGUCAGGCGGAUAAACGAGUCCCUGGGGCAUUAUCCGGCCUGCGGGCCUUAGUUUGGAGACCCCUAGUCUAAAAGGUUGAUGAUACCCACCUAUGUUAGAGGAGUACUUCACAACAUCUUCCCUAAUGAAUGCUUCUAAAUUGUUACGCUAAUUUUCAACUACUUGUUUUUGAGCAGGUUCUUUCAUAUUGUGAAGAGUGUUGUUCUCUGCUUCUUUUCAUAGCUCAAUCCAAUAAUGUAAACCUCUCAGAAGUCCUAAUUGCAUUGAUUUUGCUGCAUUUUAUUAUGAACGGUCGAAAAAACAUUACUGUGAGUUCAGCAAGAGUUCAAGAAAUGCUAUCAUCCAACCACUUCAAAGAUAAAUGA